AUGGAUAAAAACAUUCACGUUGACAAUUUGCAUGACAAAUCUUAUGCUCAACCAUCUUUUGAUGGAACUAUGGAUAUGAAUAAGAAUGACAAGAAGGUAAUACAAACUUUGGUAACCAAUGGGUGCGUGGAUUAUAAAGGGAAUAUUGCGGAUAAAAGAACCACUGGAGGAUGGAAGGCUUCACCAUUCAUUAUAGUCAACGAGGUGGCAGAGAGGUUGGCAUUCUUUGCCGUGGCUGUAAGUAUGGUGGCAUAUUUGGUGUUUGAGAUGCAUCAAUCGCUGCCAGAUGCUGCAACUCAUGUCAAUGAUUGGAUUGGAGCUGCCUAUGUUUUGACUCUACUUGGAGCUUUCCUUGCUGAUGCUUACUUUGGUCGCUUCUUAACCAUCAUCAUUUUCUCUUGUAUCUACUUCGUGGGAAUGAUAUUGUUAACGCUAUCAGCAUCAAUCGACAGCUUAAGACCACCUCAAUGCACAGCGAGGCCAUGCAUUCCAGCAACAAAAGGCCAAACAGCUUUUCUAUAUGGAGCACUCUAUCUCAUAGCACUUGGAACAGGAGGCAUUAAGCCAUGUGUCUCAACAUUUGGAGCUGAUCAAUUUGAUGAAUCUGACAAAAAAGAAUCCCAAAAAAAAUAUGCAUUCUUUAAUUGGUUCUUUUUUGCUAUUAACAUGGGUGCACUUUUGGGAAUAACUCUUUUGGUUUAUGUACAACAAGAAAAAGGUUGGACUUGGGGUUUUGCUGUUCCUACUGCAGCUAUGUUUGCAUCUAUUGUUAUCUUAGUUGCUGGCUUUACUAAAUAUCGUUAUCAGAAACCUAUGGGAAGUGCUUUCACUAGAUUUGUUCAGGUUAUUGUUGUUUCUGUUAGAAAUCAUUUCAGAGGUGUGGUGGUGACACAUGAAAGUGAACUCUAUGAGAUCAAGACCAAACAAUCUGAUAUUUUUGGUGCUCGAAAGCUUCCUCAUACUAAGCAAUACAGAUUUUUGGAUAAAGCAGCAGUAGUUACGGACACCGAAAUCAUUACCAAGAAUAAAUGGAGAUUAUGCACAGUGACACAAGUUGAAGAGUUCAAAUCCUUUAUCAGAAUCCUUCCAAUAUGGGCAUCGACAAUAGCUCUUUCCAUUUCAUUCGCUCAACUCUCCACUUUUUUCCUCACUCAAGCCAACAUCAUGGACAGAAAAAUCGCCCCGAAUUUGACCAUCCCCGCCGGCUCCGUCCCCGUCUUCACGGCCCUCAACGGACUCCUACUCGUACCAGUAUACGAGAAAUUCAUCGUCCCUUACCUCCGUUCCAAAACCGGACACCAACGUGGCAUCACGUCGUUACAACGUAUAGGGGUCGGCUUAUUCGUUUCUAUUUUUGCCCUAAUGUCCGCUGCAUUGGUUGAGAGAAUGAGACGUCAGAACUCAAACCCUACAAGUUUGAGCAUAUUUUGGUUGUUUCCUCAAUUCUUUCUCGUAGGUACAGCCGAGGUUUUCUCAUACGUAGGACAAUUGGAGUUUUUCUACGACGAAGCAACCGAUGGUACGAGAAGUAUAAGCAGUGCAUUAUUUUUAAGUGAGAUAGGAAUUGGGAGUUGGUUAAGUUCUGCCAUAGUGAAAAUUGUGGAAAGUGCCACGGGUGGUGUAGAGAAAGGGUGGCUUAGGAAUAAUCUUAACAAAAGCAAACUUGAUUAUUUUUACUGGAUAUUAACAGGGAUAAAUGCAGUGAAUUUCUUGGUAUAUUUAGUGAUUGCAUGGAGAUACAAAGGAAAAAAUGGUGAAAGAGGAACAGUUAGAGAUGAGUCAAUGGUGUUUGAACUGGCUGAUAGUAAUGAUACUGGGGAAUUUCGUGGUAUGGCCUCUUGA